AUGGCGCCUAAUCGACGAGAAGAGAUUAAACAGAAACAGGAGCUCCAAGCUCGCUUUCAAUUCAGUAUAUCUCAAAACAAUGCACGGGCGAUGAACUGGUUAAAACCAAUUUCCAAAACCGAUGAUACAGAAUCAAAAUCAGAGGAAACUUCAUCGGCAUUGCACACUACACAGGGGACAAAUUCAGCCAACUCGAUGGAAGAGGAUGUGUUUCUGAAGCUACGCGUUAUACCUCAAGGUGCAGGACUCAGUUCCAAAACCACGCAAACAAUUGGUGAUUUCCUCAAUUCAAAAGAUAUUAAUCAACAGAAAACUUCGGACAACAGUACCACAUCGCAAAAGGUGAAUGGUAGUGGAAGAGGAGGUGGAGGAAGUGUUGCCAUGAAAGCACUAUUGAACAAGAUGAGAAAUGAGACAAGAAAAGAGCUUAAUCAAUCACGUCAUACAAACCAAGGGUCCAAUGUACAGCAGCAGCAGCAGCAACAACAAAGUACGAAUAAAGUGAAUGGCAAGAAAGGAAGGUGGAAUGAUAAAGGGUUUUCUCGUGGUGCAGAAGCAAAGAAAGCUGAUACAGCUGUUUCAACUGCGGGAUUCGAUUCAGAUUCAGAAUCGGACGAUGAUAUAAAAGCAUUGAAAUCGAGAUCGGCAAGUAAAAUCAAUAAAAGUAAAGUGGGCAAAAAGGCACGUCCAUUUUAG